UGAUUUUGCAUUUCCUGGGGAGAACUGUUUGUAAACAAAACAGUUCUCUCCCCUGUCAGCUCCUGCAAACUGCUUUGCAUGGCUGUGCAGCAUACUUACAGUAAAGCACAAACACACAGCCCCACAGUAAAACACACACACAUCACACAGUUAACCCUUUGAUCACCCCAGAUGUUAACCCCUUCCUGCUCUGUGCCAUUAGUACAGUGCCAGUGCUUUUUAUUAGCACUGAUCACUGUAUUGAUGUCACUGGGGAUGUCAGUGACACCAAGUCAGUUCCCCCAGUGUCAGAAUGCCUUCCGCAGUCCCGCAGUCCUGCUAUAAGUCGCUGAUCGGCACCAUUACUAGUAAAAAUUAAAA